UUACCUGCUUACCUGUGCCUGCCUGGCUUUACCUGCCUGAUUUUGGAGCUGAGAACAGCGGUGGCCAACAUGAAAAUGGCCUUAUCCAGAGCCAGUGUCUGAUUCGUCUGUUCAGGGCCACCGUAGAAACAACAAGGCGGACUUCAUGGAGGUGGACCUGCUCUGUUCAUUAAUGGCUUAUUCUAAGGUGUCCUUUUGCAUGGAUCUAAUGCGGUCACACCACACUCCUCUCCACUGAGCAUCUCCGCAGCCACAAACCAGCCAUGAAGUUGGCUCUGCACAGGAUAGCAGGCACCACAAUGAGCACAUUAACCACAGGUGUCCAAUAUCUCGGCUCCAAUGAUGCCAGUUAUGAUGACCCCUCCAGUGACUCAACUCUAAUCAAGAACCGAUUCCACUUUGAAAAGCCGCUCUCUGCCUCCAUCAGUAACUCUCUCCAUGGACUUGUCCCUGGAAAUAAGGAGGUCAUUUACGGCGGCCUCUCUCCCAUUUUCCCCACCAAUGUUUCAGACUUUCUGCUGAAUAAUGGCACAUCUGUGGAGAGCGGCGGUGCGCCGCAGUGUGGGGAGGACUUGGUGGACAACAUGGAGUGUUUUAUGAUCCUCACUCCCGGGCAGCAGCUUGCAGUUGCCAUCUUGGCACUCACGCUGGGUACAUUUACGGUGCUGGAGAACCUCAUGGUGCUGUGUGUGAUCCUACACUCCCAGACGCUUCGAUCUCGGCCUUCCUACCACUUCAUUGGCAGCCUGGCCGUGGCCGAUCUAAUAGGCAGCAUCAUUUUUGUCUAUAGUUUCCUGGAUUUCCAUGUCCUGCACCGGAAGGACAGCCCCAAUGUUUUCCUCUUCAAGCUGGCCGGGGUCAUCGCCUCUUUCACUGCCUCCGUGGGCAGCUUGUUUCUCACUGCGAUCGACCGCUACAUCUCCAUCCACAGGCCCAUGGCGUACAAAAGCAUCAUCACAAAGACGAAAGCAGUCAUUGCCUUCAGUUUGAUGUGGACCAUCUCGAUCGUGUUCUCACUGCUGCCGCUGCUGGGGUGGAACUGCAAGCGUCUCAACUCUGUCUGCUCAGACAUUUUCCCUCUAAUCGACCAGAAGUACCUGAUGUUCUGGAUCGGGAUGACAAGUAUCUUGGUCCUGUUCAUCAUCUACGCCUACAUGUUCAUCCUCUGGAAGUCCCACCACCAUGCUGUCCGCAUGCUGAGCCGCAGCUCCCAGAGGAGUGUGAUUGUCUACACCGCAGAGGGAACUAAAGUGCAGACGGUGAGGCCCGAGCAGGCCCGGAUGGACCUCCGCCUGGCUAAAACCCUGGUUCUGAUCUUGGUGGCCCUCAUCAUCUGCUGGGGCCCGCUCCUCGCCAUCAUGGUUUAUGACCUCUUUGGGAAAGUGAACGACUUCAUCAAGACUGUGUUUGCCUUUUGCAGCAUGCUCACCCUGCUUAACUCCACCGUGAACCCUGUGAUCUACGCCAUGAGGAGCAAGGACCUGCGCAGGGCCUUCCUCAACAUCUGCCAUAUGUGCCGGGGAGCGACGCAGACUCUGGACUUCAGCGCUGAGGGUGACUGGAACAGCAGGAGUGUGAGAAGCACAGCAGGCGGGGCGGGGAAAGAAGGAGUCGGCUGUGGAAAGAUUCGAGCAAAAGUAGCCCAGGUUACCGUUUCUGGAGUGACUGAGAGUUCUGCUGCAGAGCCGGUUUAACAACCAAGCUUUGGUACAACUGUGAAGUUAUUGUAGAAUAGCCCCUCCUAGUGCACUGCUCUGUUACUGUGAAGUGUGCCAAAAAUGACUUAGAUACAGAGCUGAAGAACAAGCUUUUGUCGGUCUCAAGCUGAAAUCUGUACUAUUUGUAUAAUAUAAAAAGCUGUAUUAUGGAGUGUGAUGAGACUCUAAAAACUGUGCAUUCUCUUUACCCUCUCACUGAGCAAUGGUUUAACGUCGCACAGGUCUGAUUGACAAUAGUAAUUUUAUCUAAUUUUAUUCAGUAAAUGAAUACAGUUGCAUUUACAAGAACCAUUUUUUCUGCAACAAACAUUACAAACACUUUGAAUGUGCACAAAGUUACAGAUUUCAGCUUUAAGGCAGAAAAAUAUGGCGUUCCCUUUUGUUCUUUCUGUUUUCACAUCACAUCAUAGCAAUAUUGUGGCCGUAAUGCAAGGUGAAACUGUGUCUACCUUCAUGCAAAAUGUCAGUUUUGAAUGACAGCUUGUGAGUAAAAAUUAGCAUCCCAUCAGUGAUUUGAAAUAAGCUAUUGAUGAUCUUGUAAGACCAUGAUAUUGUGACAUUUGGCAUUAUAAUGUUAUUUAUUUCUUGUAAUUUUUAUUUUUUAAACCUGUACACUAGAAAACAAAAUGGUGAAUCAUACUUUGAAA